AUGGCAGCGAGUGCCAUGUUCGCGUGCGAGCUCAUGGACGCGGCUAUAUUCGCGGUGCAUAAUUGGGGAAUCAUGCAGUUGGCAGCGUUGAUGAAUGAUUCCAAAGGAAUUGGAACUGCAAUCCCGCCCCACCUCGAAGCCCUACCAAGCUCGGACUGGAUGGGACCACCCCAAAACGACGCGGAAUCGAAGCCCUUUGGCGAUGAAUGGGUUGCGGUCGAGACCGACAUUGCCGGCGAGAAGUUCAUCUGGCGUCCCAGCGACAGCUCCACCAACAUCAGCUCAUACAACGGCCAUAUCGACAUCAAGGCGUGGGACACUGAUACGCACAUCGCGCAGGGCUGCUGGCACGGUGCGCCUGACAAAUGUGGGACAAUGUACGACUUCCACCCGGAGUGCCAGUUAGUAGGCGAAUACAUUAGCCAGGAAGAUUAUGAUGACAUGACCAAUUGGGCCAUGAGACUUCUGGACGAUCUUCCUGAACACCUCCCUGAAGACUACGGAUGGGUCUGGGGCCCUUCUAACUGGCCGCAUGGGUAUGCGAACGCUGUCUCUCCACAGGGUGAACCUAUGUCGAAUGCUCAGUAG